CCAUUUCCACUCCGACAAGGUGAAAGAAACGAUCAUGAACCAGGAAAAACUCGCCAAACUGCAGGCACAAGUGCGCAAUGGUGGGACAGGAACUGCUCAUAGAAAGAAGAAGGUGGUUCCCAGAACAGCCACAGCAGACGAUAAACAAACGCAGCUCUCCUUAAAGAAGUUAGGGGUAAGCAAUAUCUCUGGUAUUGAAGAGGUGAACAUGUUUACAAACCAAGGAACAGUGGUCCAUUUUAACAACUCUAAAGUUCAGGCGUCUCUGGCAGCAAACACCUUCCCCAUUACUGGACGCGCCGAGACAAAGUGGCUGACAGAAAUGCUUCCCAGCAUCCUCAGCCAGCUCGCUGCAGACAGUCUGACUAGUUUAAGGAGACCGGCGGAAGCUCUGCCCGAACAAUCUGUGGAUGGAAAAGCACCACUUGCUCCUAGAGAGGGGGCGGAUGAUGAAGUUCCAGAUCUGGUGGAGAAUUCUGAUGAGGCUUCUAAGAACAAGGCAAACUGA